UUGGAACAGAACGGACAAAGGGAGUAGUAGUAGAAAAGAGAAGCGUGUAUAAAAGCCUUUGGCUUUCCUGCAACCUUAGAAUAGGGAAAAAUGUCGGGCGGAAUAGCGCGUGGUCGUCUUGCUGAGGAGAGGAAAUCAUGGCGUAAGAAUCACCCUCAUGGUUUUGUGGCAAAACCAGAGACUGGACCUGAUGGGUCUGUCAAUUUGAUGGUGUGGCAGUGUUCUAUCCCUGGUAAACCUUCGACUGACUGGGAGGGCGGUCACUAUCCGCUAACAAUGCACUUCAGUGAAGACUAUCCAAGCAAACCCCCGAAGUGCAAGUUUCCACAAGGUUUCUUCCAUCCAAAUGUCUAUCCUUCAGGAACUGUAUGUUUGUCUAUCCUCAAUGAGGACAGUGGGUGGAGGCCAGCUAUUACAGUUAAGCAAAUUUUGGUGGGUAUCCAGGAUUUGCUCGACCAGCCAAAUCCCGAUGAUCCAGCACAAACCGAUGGUUAUCAUCUCUAUAUGCAGGAUACAGUUGAGUACAAGAGGCGAGUGAAGCUGCAGGCUAAGCAAUAUCCAGCUCUAGUCUAGUUUUAGCUUCUUGGAAGACUAUAAUGUAAUUAAAUUUGACUAUGAGUAAGUAACCUUUGCUUGAUAUUUAGCAACUUGAAUAGUCCUCGUUGACACAGUGGCUCUGUGGCUAACUUUGGGUGCUUAUCUUGUCUAUGAUGAUUCGGAGAUGUAUGUGGUUGGAUUGUGCAACUUGCAUGCUUUCUCUUGUUUCUGAUUACAUUUGGAAUUGUACAAAAUCGGUGUCUGUUUAAAAGGUUUUGAUGAA